GGACCACGUCAAAAUCGGGCACCGCCCCCAUCCUCAAGUGCCCCACGCAGUUCCCGCUCAUCCUCUGGCACCCUUCCGCCCGGCACUACUACUUCUGCAUGAUGACGGAAGCCGAGCAGGACAAGUGGCAGGCGAUCCUGCAGGACUGCAUCCGGCACUGCAACAAUGGGAUCCCGGAGGACUCCAAGGUAGAGGGCCCUGCCUUCACGGACGCCAUCCGCAUGUACCGCCAGUCGAAGGAGCUGUACGGCACCUGGGAGAUGCUGUGUGGGAACGAGGUGCAGAUCCUGAGCAACCUGGUGAUGGAAGAGCUGGGCCCCGAGCUGAAGGCGGAGCUCGCCCCACGGCUGAAGGGGAAACCGCAGGAGCGACAGCGGCAGUGGAUCCAGAUCUCCGAUGCCGUGUACCGCAUGGUGUACGAGCAGGCCAAGGCGCACUUUGAGGCGGUGCUGUCCAAGCUGCAGCUGGCCCGGCCAGCCAUGGAGGCGACCAUCCGCACGGACAUGGACCAGAUCAUCACCUCCAAGGAGCACCUGGCCAGCAAGAUCCGAGCCUUCAUCCUCCCCAAGGCAGAGGUGUGCGUCCGGAACCACGUCCAGCCCUACAUCCCGUCCAUCCUGGAGGCCCUGAUGGUGCCCACCAGCCAGGGCUUCACCGAGGUGCGGGAUGUCUUCUUCAAAGAGGUGACUGACAUGAACCUGAACGUCAUCAACGAGGGCGGUGCAGACAAGCUGGGUGAGUACAUGGAGAAGCUGUCCCAGCUGGCCUACCACCCCCUCAAGAUGCAGAGCUGCUACGAGAAGAUGGAGCCGCUGCGGCUCGACGGGCUGCAGCAGCGUUUCGACGUGUCCAGCACAUCCGUGUUCAAGCAGCGAGCCCAGAUCCACAUGCGAGAGCAAAUGGACAAUGCCGUGUACACCUUUGAGACCCUCCUGCACCAGGAGCUGGGGAAGGGGCCCACCAAGGAGGAGCUGUGCAAGUCCAUCCAGCGGAUACUGGAGCGGGUGCUGAAGAAAUACGACUACGACAGCAGCUCGGUGCGGAAGCGAUUCUUCCGCGAGGCGCUGCUGCAGAUCACCAUCCCCUUCCUGCUCAAGAAGCUGGCGCCCACGUGCAAGUCGGUGAGCGUGCCCCUCCCCCACCCCCCCAGCCUCGGCAGCCCCUCGCCCCCAGCCCCCUCCCUCCACCCGCCGGCCUGA